GAGGGCCAAUUAAAACUGGACCGCGGGCCGCAAUUGGCCCGCGGGCCGGACUUUGGACAUGCCUGUCCUACAACUAUCGUAUCACUGUAAAUGACUAAGACUAUAAUCGAACUCUCUUCCUUAAACAACAAGAAACAUGAAGUGUACUCAGGAGCAGAUUCGAGCGCAGGCUCAGAGUGAAGUUAACAGAAAACGUUCUUUACAUCAUAACCAUCAUCAUCAUCAUCAUCAUCAUUUAUAUAGCACUUUAAAAACACACCUGGUAGACCAAAGUGCUGUACAAUAGAAAUAGAAAUAUAGUAAUAAAAUAGAAAAAACAGACAAGUAUGUGUAUGUGGUGCAAAAGGUAAAAUUAAAAACAAGGCUAGAAUGCAUGAAUGUUAACUUUGAGUUCUACAACUAGGAGCAAAAUGCUAUGAACAUGGACUACGGUAGUUCAUACUAGAGGGAACAGUAACAUGAUCUGUGGCUGCCGGAGCUUGGCAAGUGAAACAGUGGUGUGAGAGUUAAUGGUGGAGCGGCACUGUGCGACCCAUUUUUGUGUUGUUACCUUAUGUGUGCCGCUACGGGUCACCUUUUGUGUUUUUACGUAUGGUGUGUUUAUGGAAAUGUAUUGAAGAUAAACGUAACUCAAGCCAGGUGUUUUUGGUCAGAACAAGCAAACAGUUUGUAAAAUCUUCGCUGUUAUGAUAAAUGACAUUGAAUAAAGAGAAGCAAAUAAAACUGAUGAAUACAAAAACAAUCUUAACCGUACAAGACAAGUAUAGAUUGAGUUGGGCUGUUACAAGUUUAAUUCAUAACAGUUACAUUGCCUCACCCCUGCCAUCAAACACUUCAGUGGCUUCAAGUGUAGGCGUAGCCUCUACAGGUACUGCAGCAGAGGGAAAGCAGAGUCAGGAGGGUCUUGGAAGAAGUUCAGAAAAGAUCCAAAUAGGCAGUCUGAACAGUCUUACUUGUUUGCAGGUGGAGUAAUGCACGAAUGGAUAAAAAAGAGUGAGAGGUUAUCAGCUGUUGAGGAGCAAAUGGAGAUCCGUGUCCAGGGGAGUGAGGCUAUUGCGAGUGUGAAAGGUUGUCCAGGAAGUAACUAAGAAGACAUGAACAGAGAGGUGGUGAUCCUCAGAGGACCGAUGAAGUAGAGCAGCCAGCACCCCAAGUAGAGCAGGCACUGUGGAAAAAUAGUUGUGACUCAACUAGACCAUUACAAAGUAUGGCCUGGAGGAUUUUCAUCUCAAGGUGCAAGAACAUUCUUAAUGACUGUACACGGCGGCUGCUGAUGGACGAUGUUGGGCCAGAUGUGCUACAGUUAGCGUUAAGGAGGUUGGAGACUAUGCAGAGAAGCCUUCAGUGGGCAAGAGGAAGACUGAUCAAUGUAACUGCAGCAGAUCAACUUCUGCGUGACUUGGCUGAAUUGAUUCAGGAGGUCGAACUGUCUACUCAGCAUGGCCAACAAGGCUGUUUUGGAUACCAGGCACCAGUGGUUUUCAACAGAGGUAGAGGUAGAUCCCUUUACCUUAUCACUCGGGAACAGCUUUCAUUCCUGAAGUCAUGUGGAUUCACUGCACCUCAGAUGGCUGAUAUUUUGAAUGUUUCACUUCGUACAAUUCGAAGACGUCUGCGACAGUAUCAUUUCACCCGUGCAUCAAUGUAUGCGGAACUGACUGACAGUGCCUUGGAUGAACAUGUGCAGGACAUUGUUGCUGGCAAUGAACAAAUUGGUCCUGAGGCUGUCAGAGCCUCCCUGCGAGUACGUGGACUACGUGUACAGCGAAGGAGGGUUCGAGCAAGCAUGUUACGGAUAAAUCCUGGAGCAGCUGCCCUUAGAGCAGUUUUGCGGAGACCAGAACGAAGAACAUAUCAGGUUGCAGGUCCAAACUCAUUGUGGCACAUUGAUGGAAAUCACAAGCUGAUAAGGUGGAGGAUAGUCAUUCAUGGGGCUAUUGAUGGAUACAGUCGUCUUGUGGUCUUCCUUCAUGCCUCAAACAACAACCGUAGCAGUACCGUUUUAUCAAGUUUCAUCAGAGCCGUGGUAUCCUAUGGUGUACCCUCGAGGGUCCGGACAGACAGAGGAGGGGAAAACAAUGCUGUCUGCCUGAUGAUGAACAUUUUCAGAGGCUUUGAUCGUGGAAGUGCCAUAAGAGGAAGGAGUACCCAUAAUCAGAGAAUUGAGAGGCUCUGGGGUGAUCUGUGGCGAGGAAUGCCCAGUGUCUACUGUGAUUUAUUUCACCACCUGGAGGAGGAAGGCAUCAUAGACAUUGACAAUGAAAUGCACCUUUGGGCUCUCCAUUACAUCUAUCUCCCAAGGAUCAACAGAGAUUUGAAAGACUUCACUCAACAGUGGAACAAUCAUGGCUUGCGGACAGAGAGACACUUGAGCCCAUUACAGAUUUUUGUCCGAGGCAGCCUCCAGCAACAGGGCCGAGCCUCAACUGCCAUGCAGGACAUCUUUCAGACUAGAGCAGCUGCUGCUGCUGGGACUAUUGGUGGGACAGCUGAUGGUAGUGUGACAGCCACUGAGAGUGAGACGACUGCUGCUCAGGGCUUAGGUACUGAUUCUGGUGGUGGUGCUCAUGGUACAGAUGAGCUGGGACUGCUGGUCGACUGGCCUGAGAGGAUUACUGUGCCAGACAUCGAAUUUACUCUGGACGGACCGAUGAUGGAGCAAGUGGUAGAACUAUUUAAUCCACUAACUGGCACCAGAGGGAGUCAUGGUAUUGAACUCAUCUCUGGCUUAAUAUACUUUCUGGACUCGACAUAUCACUGAGACAGUUCAAUUAUUGACUGAAACAUAAUAGCAGCAAGUGGAAAGACUUCAAAAUAUCUAGGUGACUGGAUACAUAUAAUGUGAAAAGUUAUAAUACGUGUUUACUAUGUACCAUUGAGUAGUGGAGAUACAAGAACGAGCUGUGUGACACUGAAAAUAAAAAAUGUUGAGUGAUUUUUAAAGUGUAUAAGAUGGAAGUUGUGAAAUGGAAAGUAUACAACUGAAGCUGAAUCUCGAUAAAGUCAACUUGAUUAAUCUAAAAGUUACAGCUGUUGAUAUUGAUAAAUACAACUAUAAAGCAGUGACAGUAAAUAAUUAAAAAAUAAAAAAAUGUAUAGUAGGUCUUGAAGUGGCUCAGUAUAGUGUAGUAGAUAUAAAGUGGUUUAGCGUGUGUUUGAUGUUGUGACAGUUUACACCGAGCACAUUAUGUUUUGCUUUGUACAGAUUAUGCUUUGUACAAACAUAGUUCUGAAAAUACUGGACUCCAGUGUAAAAUGUGAAUAAAAAAAGAGCAAGCACUGAUUUGCAAAUGUGAAA